UAUUCAUGGGGAUCGAAGUCUAUUUUGUUUAUAUUUCAUUGAAAUAUAUCACAAUUCAAUAAUAAAUUAUGAUUAAAAUACUCCACAUAAAAACACGUUUUCUUAAGCAAACUACACCAAUAAUUAAUUUAAGAAAUGUUUCGUAUGUUCAGGGGCAAAGCCCAGAACCUAAAAUUAGGGAAUAUUUUUAUUACAUAGACCAUCAAGGAAUGUUGUUUUUAGAUGACGCCCGAAUAAAAAAUUUCACUUCUUGCUUCAAAGAGAAGAAAUUUCUAAGAUUCUUUUUUAACCAGUUGAAAGUAAACAGGACACAUCGUUAUGAAGAGUUUCCCUACAUAUCCCUCUGUGGGAAAGAAAGGAACUAUAUAAGAUGCGAUGAUCGUCCAAUAGUCUACACACAUGUAAUUCAAAAAUCAGAUUCAAACGAAUUGCUUUUAGCUUAUAAUCAUGCUGGUGAUCUACUAGCAACACAAUUCCUUCCAGACAAAGUGAUAAUGUCACCAGAAACGUGUAGGGUGUACCACCCCGCACCAAAGAGGGUUGGAUCUAUAGGAUUGGUAGCAUCUAAGUUGGCUAUAGAAUUCAGCAAGUCCUUUAGAUUCGAAAAUGGUGAAUCAAACGCUCCAACACAUUUUACUUUUAAUAAUGUAACUUAUGAUUUAGACGCAACAUGGUAUGAGAUGGCAAAAGGGAAUAUAUGAAUUUGUAAGGGUAAAUUAACAUGUUGACUGCAAAAUAUGAGAUACAUGAAAUACACUGAUAUGGAAAACUCCUUUGAUUUUCAAUCAAUAAAAUAAAAAUCUCAAUUCGAGGUGGGUUCAAGGAUCUAAAAUAUAUCAAAUUAAUUACAAAAAUAAAAAAAAUUGGUCUUGUCUUCUUGGUCUAUUAUUUAUCUCUGCAUGUGUUUGUCUUCAUCCUGCCUCUACCUGUCUUUGUCCUGCCUUUACCUGUCUCUGCUCCUAUUCUUUUUAAUCUUUUUUUUUUUACAUAUGUUACUCUGCUCAUUCUUUAAACUUUUUUUUGGCUAAAAAUAUGAAAAUCAUCCCUAAUUCUUGUUUCAUACUUAUUGAUCAAUUUAUUAUUGAAGGUUAUGAAUCUACUAAUAUAAGAACCAUGCGAAGUACUAUUUUAUAUAUAAAAACCAUUUCAAAGUAAAAAAGUAUAUUUAAUAUUUAACCAUUGCAAAGAUGAUACAUGAACGUUACAAACAUUUACUGAUUGCAUCUCAAAAUAACUCAUGGCUCUAUAUUGUAUUUUUUGUUAUAUUUAGAUUUUAUUUUGUAAUAUAAUAUUUUUGAGGGAUAUUCAAAAUGUGGUUUGAUUAUAUACAGGGUUGGGAAAAAGUAUGGAACCAAGUAAAUAUCUUUAAAACGAAAAGGACGAUAUUUAUGAAAUUUUGCAGGCAAGUAUAAUGACGCAUAACGCAUCUGAUGCCAUAUUUUUUGUUACUACUCUACUCCUGGUUUCACCGGAAAUACCCUCAACUUUUUUAAUUUAAAGGGGACCACCCUGUAUAUUAUUGCAGAUUUUGU